AUGGCCAACCUUCGUGAUCAGCCUCGCAAGUCGACAGAUGACGUUUUCGACGACGAAUAUGCCGUAGACGACUUUGACGGAGUCGCUGACGGCUUUGCUCCUGGCCGCGUCCACCCGAACAAUGACCGAUGGUCAAUCCACUCCGAAGACCCGUCUAUCCAUAGCGUUCACGCACACAUGUCGGAUGCUCCUCGGUUUGCCGCUGGUCCCAGCAGAAAUAGCAUGCACAAACCGCGAGAUGUCGAGAACCCCUUCAGCAGCACAGAGGACGAUGAUGACGACAAUAUCGACGAGCGCUCCGCACUCCAGCGCUCAACCAGUAUCCAAUCCUCUUCGACAGCUCAAUAUGCUCCUGGGAUCGCCCACAGACUUAGCACCGCUUCAUCAUCGAGAACAUAUGCUCGCACCGCGAGCCCUCUCCUCGGCACCGGCGGCCCUAGUCACCCAUAUUCCAUGUAUCCUCAGGGCACCAGUGUAGCACGCACUCCUUCUGUAUCUACCACUGCCUCUACCGUUCGUGCGGCACAAUCUACCGCCGUCCCAAGCCAAGGACCUGCUCACCCUUACAGCAUGUAUCCACAAAAUGUUUCUGAACACGAGGCAGCCGACACUGCUGCUCCUGCACCGAACCAUGCCCAGACGGUCAUUCCGGUUGGCUUCCCUGGCAGAUCACAAGGCUUUGUGAGAGCACGAGGGCCUGAAGACGAAGAACAGGAUAUCAUUGGAGUCGAUGGUCAUUCGGAACAACUACCCCCUUACUCCGAGUAUCCUGAGGAUGGUGUGCCAAAACCAGUCGUAAUACCAGCACAAAUGGCUACUCCCACCAACGGCAGCCGUAUGCAUGUUCCCUUGAUGCAGCAACAGCGUCAGCCCGAAAGUAUGUCAGAUCAGGCCACCACUCGUGGCUAUAGUGAGAUGCAACAAAUGAACUCUACCGACUCGGAGCGCACUCCAUCAGAGAACAAGAGUUGGAGCGAGAAGUCAUGGAAAGAGAAGCGGAAGACGCGCUUCUGUGGUAUCCCUUUUUGGUGGAUCUUGUUGUCUCUCUGCGUGCUUGCCUUCAUUGCGAUUGUUUUGGGCGCCGCCAUUGGUGGUAUCUUCGCCAGUGCUAGGAAAUCAGCUGUCAAAGCUACGACCAAGCACCAUGGUAAUACCACAACUCUUCUAGAUGCCUCACCCAUUCCUACAUCAUCCAUAGGUGCACCACCACCGACUGGUGUUUAUGCUCUGGACUUCGGUCAGCCUAGAGCCACACAAUCAGCCUGUAUUGUCAACCAGAAUUACUCAGCCGCUUGGACUUGCAACAUUUAUGGCACGCCGCAGAUGGCCAUCAACAUCGGCCUUUCACCGGACGGAAGCAACAACGAAGGUGCCUCUCUGUAUGGAUUCAGCAAUGCUACUGGUAUCAACUAUGGCACGCAACCUCCCAACACGCAUUUCGCUCCAUUCAUCUCUGUCGAAGAUGAUGAUGAGCCUUAUCGAGGACCUGCUUUCUAUUUCCAGACUUUCUACGACAAGUUCGUCGUUGUUCCUGAGAGUGCUUUCCCUGCAAGCGUCGCGCAGAAGCGCUCAUAUAUCGGCGGCAAUGACUGGUUCACUCAGCACCAGGUCCAAGCUGGAGACAAGCCGUGGUUCUGCUGGUUCAAUGGUACCUUCCUCGAAGGCUUCAUCUAUGCCAAUAACUACACAGAUCCGAGCCAGUCCUCGUCAACUUCAUCUCCAUCUUCAUCUACCUCAACUUCCUCGGAUGUGAAACACGCCAAGUCCUCAUCAUUCCCACUAACUACUUCUACCAUCAUUGAAGUGUCAGGUCCUUCGACAACGGCUACCUUGACUUCUGCAGUCCAGUCCACUGCAUACACUUCCAAUCCUUACAACCACGGUUCCAAUGGUCGUAAAGCAAGACGUGGCUGGCAACUGGAGAAACGUAUGUGGACGUUUGCUGAACUGUCUUCCUUUGGCUAUGUCGUCAAGAUCGAAGAGCGUCGUGUGCCGGACAGCGUGCAACCGUACUGCCAGCAGUUCCAAAUCUUGGACAAUGGCAUGGCAGGCUCCCUCGAUGAUCCAAGCACAGGGCAGCAAAUAACAGUCUAUCUGCAAGAGUCUGAUCCGGAUUACAGCGCUUAUCAACAAGAGACGUAUGGCGCGGCUCCGACAGGAUCGUCAAAGGUCAAGCGUGAUCCCAUUGCUGGCGCUUGUCAUUGUGAGUGGUGGAGUGGAUCUUCACCAAGCUCGUAA